UCUCUCCUACUUAGUCAAAUUCUUUGCUUUUUGGUUUCUGGGUUUUUGUUCUUCUCCAAUUUCCUUUCUGGGUUUUCCAUUUUCAUCUCAUUUCUUAUUAUAGCUUUUAAGGCCAGCCUUUGUUUUUGCUUUGUUGGGAUUUUCAGCUCUUGUAGCAUAUCUUUGAUAUCUUUCUGUUUCUAGCUAAAGGCUGCUUUACGUUUAAUCUUUUUCGUUCUUUAUUUUUUCAUUACUCUGUCCAAUAUAUCUAAAAAUCAUUUUGUUUGAUGUGGUUUAAAGAUUACUCUUUUGACUGUUGAUUUGUAGGCAACAUGUAUUUUGUCUUUAACCACUUGUAUAUACUCCAUUUACUUCUAAUGGAUGCUGCAUUUUCUUGUAUUUCAUUUAUUUCUCAAGAAAACCAAGGCAGAUCUUUACGCUAUAUGUUUGUUUAAGCUUCUAGAUCAUGAAAAUUUUAGUAAAAAGUUUUUGAUUAAAACAAUCGUAGAAACUUUUAUUAGUCAUACUUUCAAGGAAGCUUAUAUAUGCAUUUUUAAUCCUAUAAGAUCUUCAUUUUCAUAACUUUUUUGUUCAUGAAAUGAAAAGGGGUUCUAUUUCCAUUGCAGAUUGAACUUUUAAUUUUAACUGUCUUAGAGUUACUCCUACUAUUCCCAUUUUUUUCCUUCUUUUUUUUUUUUUUUUUUGGUUGUGGUUGUAUGGGAUUCUGUGAUAUUACAUGUGAUUUUAAUAACAAUUGAAACUUCUGUCAGUUUCUACAAUUGUUAUCCUUUUUUCUUUUGUGUAUGAAUUAAAGGAUGGGGGAUCAUUUUGUGUUGCUUGUGGAUCGGCUGCUAACUGAAUCCACCCUUGAAGCUGCUAUUGACAGUAAAAACCAAUCACAGCAAGGCAUGCCCUCAGCAAGCAAAGCUGAUAUAGUUGACUUUUCAUCUCAUAGGAUAGAUGGGAACGUUGGUUCAUCUCCAAGCAAAUUGGUGCAAUGUAGGAUUUGCCACGAUGAGGAUGAAGAUUUGAACAUGGAGAUACCCUGUUCUUGCUGCGGCAGCUUGAAGUAUGCUCACCGCAAAUGUGUUCAGAGGUGGUGCAAUGAAAAGGGGGAUACCAUUUGUGAGAUUUGCCAACAGCAAUUUAAACCUGGCUAUACAGCACCAUCUCCAUUAUUUCAUUAUGGAGGUGUUCCUAUGAACUUCAGAGGAAAUUGGGAAAUUUCCAGGGGAGACUUGCCAGCUCCUCGUUUUAUAACAAUGGUCACUACUGAUCGUGAUUUUCUGGAUUCGGAUUUUGAUGAUUACUCAGCUCCCAGUUCUCGAAGCCUGAUUUGUUUUCGUGCGGUUGCUAUAAUUUUUAUGGUUCUUCUGGUUCUGCGCCACACUCUUCCGAUCAUAAUCAGUGGAGCUGGAGACUAUUCCUUGACAUUGUUCACUUUACUAUUGUUGAGAACCAUUGGGAUUCUGUUGCCUAUAUAUGUCAUGGUCAAGGCAUUCACUGCUAUCCAACGUCGCCGGCACCAUCAGGAUCCUCGUUUUUCCCUUGCUGCAUCAGAUGAAGAAAGUGAUUUACCGCAACUGCAGCAGACACAGUCACGAUUUGUUCGUAUAGAUUAAUCUAGUCGUGGUGCUGAAUCAUAUGAAAGGAAGAACUGAAUCUUCGGUACUCAAAUUAUCUUUGUGGCGCAAGAGAAAGAACAGAAAAUGAGCAGGCUACAUGUACAUACACUCUUGACAAUGGUUCAGCAGCUGCUGUGAUCUUUAGCAGGGCAGAAGGGGUUGAUCAUAAAUCAAAUUCAGUGAGGAUUCAUGUCUCAUCAGAAUGCAUAUUUUACUACGAAAUGUAUAAGUUAGGAAAAUAGCAAAUAGAAAUAUAGCUUACUAGGGAUGUAGAAAUUGAGAAUUGCAUAUUGGCAAAGCUGGUAAAUUGUAUUUAUUACUUAAGAUCAAAACAACUAAGAAAAGAAAAGUAACCUAAAAAAAUAUAUAUUUGUGAAGUUUUUAAACUUCAUAAAUAACUUCACAAAUAAGAUCGUAAAGUGAACUUCGAUUUCAAAGCAAAAAUUUCAGUUAGAUUCAUGCAGUAGGUUAAUAUGGUUCCAAGUUCCGUGAAUUCUAAAUGUAGGGGCCAUGUUACCGGUAACACCACGUCUAGAU